GCCUCUUCUUUUUUAAUAAGGCCUCUCUCUUUACGUUUUCUUCCAACCUUAACACAGACAGACACAUUUGCUUCAAGACAAAAUCGAACCUCGUCUUCAAGUUUCCUUCUGUUCUUCCACGUAUCCGGCCACUUACUUACUCUGUACAAAUGUCUGAACAUGUUAUGGGAUUAAGCAAGAUUAACACACAGAUUUGUGUUCAUGGUUAUCAACCUGCCAGGUUAAGUCGUUGGACUCGUAGAAACAGAGAUGGGAAGUGCUCCAAGGAGCAUAACUUACGGGAAGAUGGUGAAAUGGUGAAAGCGUCAACAAGUUCCAUGAAGCUAAAAGGAAAAAUGUUGAGUGGAGUUCUUGAUCUAUUUCCUAAUCCUGAUUCAGCUGUUCCAAGUGUCGAACUCAUACCUGACAUGAACAAUGAACCGCCAAUUGUUGCCAACAGAGAUGCCUCGAUAGAUGGGGAUGAAGGCGAAACAUGUCCAGCUACUCAAAGUAUGAAUGUGGAACAUUUUCACAACAACAACACCAAGCUGCUCAGCGAGUGCAAGCGUAUAUGGUCUGACUCUGAAACCAACACUAGAUCACAGGUCAAACGUCUGAAGACAAACACAUCAUAUUAUAGCGGAACUGAAACCGAGAGCAUGAUGGCUGUCGAAGAGGGGCCAUCAGGGAAGAAGGUGAACUACUUCUUCCACAGAAUAAUCGAAAACAACAAACCCGGAUCCAGAAGAUAUCAAAUACCCUCAACAUCACAAAUCAAGAUUCUUAAUAUGGGAGAAGACGUUAGCCCAUGGAUUCAGAGAUGGUGUAAGACAAAAGCUGGAGAGACUCAUGUACCAAGAGGAGGUCAAGAAGUCAACCCACAUGGCACUGCACUAGAGAAGCAGUUUCCAAGUAUUGCUGCAAUGGCAAUGAUGAAGAAGGCUCUGAGCGGUUUAAACCCGACCGGCUGUAGAAAGACCAACUCCCUCUUCGUCUGGAAUGCUGAUGAUUUAAGGUGAAAAAAUGUAUGUAUUGCCAAUAUUGCUGGUGCCAGAACACAAUACAAAACUAUAAUCUACCUACUUCAAAUAAACUUGGAUAUGUGACUG